AUGUCCAAAACCACCCACGAGAACCAACAAACCGCCGACCGCAACGCCUACCCUCUCAACCGCGACGUCCUCGCCUCCGCCCGCCUACACCUCCAACACCAAGUCUGGAUCUCCUCCCUGCACUACCUCCUCCACCCAUCCAUCCCCCUCUCCCCACAACCACCAAAAACGCAACAACCCCAACCCAACCCCCUCCAAAUCGCCGAAAUCGGCAGCGGAACAGGCCUCUUCACCCUCCAACUCGCCUCCCACCUAUCAACCCAGAACGUCCAAGCAGAAAUCUAUGCCUACGACCUCUCCCUCUCCCAAUCCCCCCCUCAACCUUGGUGGCCCCCCAACACAACCUUCACCCCCCUCGACAUCUUCGACCCGAUCCCGCUCCACCUCAUCUCAAAAUACGACCUCCUCUGCUUACGCCAUUUCAUCUGCGUCAUCCAAUCGGGGAACCCCACGAGGUUGUUGAAGCAACUCCUGAGGAUGCUGAAGCCGGGCGGCUGGCUGCAGUGGCAGGAGUGGGAUAUUUCGACGAAUUGCCUGCUUUCCGCGGAGGGUGCAGUGGCGAAGGCGCCGAAGUUGAAGGCGUAUAUGGAUCUCACGCAGGGUGUCACGGCGUUGCAGGAGCAGACGGCUUGGGUGAAGACUUUCCAUACGCACCCACUCCUCGCGUCAUCAUCUCCGGAGGCGGAGUUGAUUGUGCACGACCGGCAUUGGACAGCCAAGGAGGUCUUUUUGUUGAAGCAGGAAAUCGCCUUCUUGGGGGCGAGGGAGUGGAGUGAGAAUUUGAGGGGGAGGGGGGAGGUGCGCGAGGCGGAGAGGAUUGAGAGGGUGGCGAGGGAGGCGGAGGCGGAGUGUUGGGAGCAGGGCAGGGGGACGGUGGUGGAUGGGGAGAUGGUGACGUGGGUUUUGCGGAAGAAGGGAGGAGAGUAG